CACCGCGGCGGCGCCGGGACGCGGCCGGGGCGGUGCGGGGAGUACGCGCGGUAACGGAGCCGGAGCGCGGCCGGCAGCGGGCAGGAACGGCGAAGGAAGAGGAGAAGGGAGGGGGGGAAAAGAAAAAAAAAAAAAAGGAAAAAGAAAAAAAAAGGGUGAGGGAAGAAAAAAAAAAAAAAAAAAAAAAAGGAAAUACAAAAAAGAAGCGAGCUGCGUUUCUUCCGAACUGCAGGAAAAGGGUAUUUCACUGAGCCGGCUGCGAUGCUGCCAGCCACCCUGCUGCCCUGGACCUGGGUUUUGCUCGGAACCGCAGCCUCUCUUCAGGUGGACAUUGUUCCAAGCCAGGGGGAGAUCAGCGUUGGAGAAUCCAAGUUCUUCUUAUGUCAAGUGGCAGGAGAGGCCAAAUACAAAGACAUUUCCUGGUUUUCUCCUAACGGGGAGAAGCUGACCCCCAACCAGCAGCGCAUCUCCGUGGUGCGGAACGAUGACUUCUCCUCCACCCUCACCAUCUACAACGCCAACAUCGAUGAUGCUGGCAUCUACAGAUGUGUGGUCAGCUCUGGGGAGGAGGGAGACUCCGAGGCCACCGUCAACGUGAAAAUUUUCCAAAAGCUGAUGUUCAAGAAUGCUCCCACUCCUCAGGAAUUCAAGGAAGGUGAUGAUGCUGUGAUUGUGUGUGACGUGGUCAGCUCACUGCCUCCUACCAUCAUCUGGAAGCACAAAGGCAGGGAUGUUAUCCUAAAAAAAGAUGUUCGAUUUAUAGUCCUGUCCAACAACUACCUGCAGAUUCGGGGCAUCAAGAAAACAGAUGAGGGGACGUACCGGUGUGAGGGCAGGAUCCUGGCUCGUGGGGAGAUCAACUUCAAAGACAUUCAGGUCAUCGUAAAUGUACCUCCAUCUGUGCGUGCCAGGCAGACGACUAUGAAUGCCACUGCCAACCUCAGCCAGUCUGUCACCUUAGCGUGUGAUGCUGAUGGCUUUCCUGAGCCAACUGUGACGUGGACAAAGGAUGGAGAGCCAAUAGAACAGGCUGAUGAUGAUGAUGAUGAAAAAUACAGUUUUAACUAUGAUGGCUCUGAGCUCAUCAUCAAGAAGGUGGAUAAGAACGAUGAAGCAGAAUACGUCUGCAUUGCUGAGAACAAGGCUGGCGAGCAGGAUGCCACCAUUCAUCUCAAAGUCUUUGCAAAACCCAAAAUCACCUAUGUGGAGAAUAAAACAGCCAUGGAGCUGGAGGAUCAGAUUACACUGACCUGUGAAGCAUCUGGAGACCCAAUUCCUUCCAUCACUUGGAGAACUUCCACUCGGAACAUCAGCAAUGAAGAUAAGACCCUGGAUGGACGCAUCAUAGUCCGGAGCCAUGCCCGGGUGUCAUCCCUGACUCUCAAAGAAAUUCAGUACACAGAUGCUGGAGAAUAUGUGUGUACAGCCAGCAACACCAUCGGGCAGGACUCCCAAGCCAUGUACCUUGAAGUGCAGUAUGCUCCCAAGCUUCAGGGCCCUGUGGCUGUCUAUACCUGGGAAGGGAAUCAGGUGAACAUCACCUGUGAGGUGUUUGCUUACCCCAGUGCUGUCAUCUCCUGGUUCCGGGAUGGGCAGCUGCUUCCCAGCUCAAACUACAGCAACAUCAAGAUCUACAACACUCCAUCAGCAAGCUACUUGGAGGUGACACCAGACUCUGAAAAUGACUUUGGGAACUAUAACUGCACUGCUGUGAACCGCAUUGGCCAGGAGUCCUCCGAGUUCAUCCUUGUGCAGGCAGAUACUCCAUCUGCUCCUUCCAUUGACAGAGUGGAACCCUACUCCAGUACUGCCCAGGUGGAGUUUGAUGAGCCUGAAGCUACCGGGGGGGUUCCCAUCCUCAAGUACAAAGCAGAAUGGAGGGCACUGGGCGAGGGGGAAUGGCAUUCGAGGUUCUAUGAUGCAAAAGAAGCAAACGUGGAGGGCAUGGUCACCAUCACUGGCUUGAAACCUGAAACAACCUACUCUGUGAGGCUGUCUGCAGUUAAUGGGAAGGGUGUGGGUGAGCUCAGCCUGCCAGCAGAUUUCAAGACACAACCAGUUCGGGAACCCAGCGCACCCAAACUGGAAGGUCAGAUGGGAGAAGAUGGGAACUCCAUAAAAGUGAAUGUUAUCAAGCAGGAUGAUGGUGGCUCCCCAAUUAGACAUUAUCUGAUCAAGUACAAAGCUAAGCAUUCCUCAGAAUGGAAACCAGAGAUCAGACUUCCCUCUGGCAGUGACCACGUCAUGCUCAAGUCCCUGGACUGGAAUGCGGAGUACGAGGUUUAUGUGAUAGCUGAGAACCAACAAGGGAAGUCCAAACCAGCUCACUAUGCUUUCAGAACCUCUCCUCAGCCCACUGUCAUCCCAGCGACCUUGGGAAGUCCAUCAACGUCGUCCUCCUUUGUUUCAUUGCUUCUUUCUUCAGUGACUCUGCUUUUGCUCUGUUAGAAACUUAAAAAUAAAGCAAUAUUUGCUUGGAAAAGCCUGGGUCCCACCAAGGCAUGAAAGCAGAUAAUGUUGCUUCAGAGGAUCCUGUCAGAAAAACAAUAAACAACCCCCCCCCAAAACCAAACAAAACCCAACAGAAACAACCAACCAACCCCCCACAGAACAGUAAAAAAGUUUAAUUUGAAAGAGUCAAUAUUUUUAACAAGGAAAGAAGGCUUAAGCCAAGCUUUUUCUCAUUAGAUUUUUUUUUUUUGUUACUUGUAAUGAAUUUGCCCUUUUUAAUGAAUGUAAAGAAAAUUUUUGUUGUGUUUUUCAUCAAAGGGAGGGUACAAUAUUGAAAGCUUUUUAAGAUAACUGCUUUUUACUGAUUUCUCUGCACAUCUGGUGCUGAUCACCACCUCAUUGUGCACAAGUUUGCAAAAGCUCCUUCCACAAACCUAAACCCACAGACUGUAAAAAAGAGAAAGAAGAUUUGUCAGAGAGAAUCCUGCUGGUUGCCCAAAUCUCUGGGGGCUUUUGCAUGUGGAUUCCCAUUUUGUGGCCAUUAGAAAGAAGGUUUUCCUGACACAGUGGGCUGAAUACAAACCUCUUGUGGGAAUUACCCUGAGGAGAUGUCUGUCUGUCUGUCUUCUUGAUGUGGUUGACUUUGCCCCCUGGGUGCAGUCGAGUAUCUCAUGACCUGCAGUGGGGCUGGGGCACAGUGCAGCCCAUGAACAAAUACAUUUGCACUGGAUGCUUGUCUAACAUUUUCUGGUUUUCCACUGCUGUGUUAUCAGCUUCAUAGAGAGAUCCCUUUUCUUGCCAUUUAACAGGAAAUAUUAGCUUGGAUCAAGUUACCAUCUAACAUUAUUAUGAUUGCUGGUACUUAAUAAUGUUCAUGGUUAACUCUGCACGUGAGAGUACCAGAGAGGAUUAAUCCAUGGUGUAAACUGGUGCAAUAUAAUGCAUCUUGGUUAGCAAGUUCUGUGUGUUGCAUUUUGUUGAACGAAUUUCUGUUGACUUUUUCUUUUCUCUACUUUAAAAAAAAAAAAAAAAAGACAAAAAAACCCCAAACAACAACAAAAAAACCUCGUCCUCCUCUUUGUGUUGGGAAAUCCAUUUGGCUGGGGUGUUCUUCUAAAACUGGGUGUGUGUGUGUGUGUGUGUGUCCCUCUGGGUCUCUUUGUGAGAGGGCCUGAUGCUGCCAAGGAUGAAGCUGCAGACAGAGCUGUUGAGCUGUCUGCACAGGAUGUCUCCAACACUCCAGCCCUCUGGAAUGGGCUUAUUCUUUCUAACAAAAUCCUGAUAGGGACAAACAAAACCCCCUGCUAUCAGUCCUGUUUAACUACACUUCCUAUGCUUUGCACAGAAGUCUCUGCUGUGUUUAUUGGGAUCUUGUUCAUGAUGAUUUGUGAGCCACAUCUCUAUCUGAAUUAUACAGAACACUUUGUGCAGGUGUUGCAUGUGGGUUUCUUAAACAAACAAGCAAAACCCAACAAACUCACCUCCAGUUUUUUAGAUGAUAGGAAAUUUUUGUUAGAGCUUUUGAGUUUGUAUCUUAAUGCUACAGAAGUAAAGCAAAAGUAAUCACAAUACUAAAAUGUUGCUUGCCCUUCCCCUGUGGUUUAAUUUAUUAAGUCUGUCUGUAGAGCUGACACCAGCUUGUGUUGUGGGUUUUGCUGAGAUACAUCUCACCCAACUUGUAGGUUAUUAAAAUGAUCUUGCCUAAACUAGAACUUUAUUUAGUGUUGUGUGGAGAGAGAGCAGCACCUCUGGGGCUGUUCUUCCUGUCCUGGGAUGCCUUGAGGCACUGGGAUGCUUUCUAACCCAAGGGCAUCCUCUCUGUCCUGACCAGGCAAAGCCCAGAGCUCAUUCACAAGGCUGAAGUUACUUGAAAUGAACCAGUUCCUUGUUGAGACUCUCACCUGCUCAUAUUUCCCUUUUCAUCCUUGGAAAGGGAGUCAGGCACAGGGCAGUAACAGAGCUUGAAGCCAGGAGCCACAGAAUUUGUUACAAUCCAAAAGGAGUUCCCUAGGAUUUUAGGAAAUAUCCAUUGUCCUCUCACCUUGGAAGAAAUGCUCCACAGACUGCUGUGUGUUUCUGCUACCUGGUAGCUAAGCAUAAAUUGUCCACCCUAAAUCUGUGUGGAACAGAAGGUGUUGGCACUGGGAGCAGAGGUUGCUGCUGUGUUGCUCUUCUCCUCUACAAACUGUGCAGAGAGAAUGAGGUCUGUAAAGCAUGGCACCCUUGUUUGAAGGAUAAUUUCUUUAAGCAUUUGCAAGUUAAACUGUUAGCAUCCAAUAAGAACAAGUGGUUUGGGUUUGAGGAUUUUUCUUUUCUAAUGCAUGCAAUGAAUUUUUAAUUUAAUUUUUAUUCUCUCUUCUGCCAAAUAUUGUAGUACCUUUGAAAUGCCUGGAAUUGGAUCUGCUUCUCUCCCUCCCUUUUUUUUGUCUCUUUAUCUGCCUGUGCCUGAACUUUGCCUGCACAUUCUAGCUGAGACCACACUAGGAAGACACAGCUGAGGGAUUCUGCUCUCUCUGAUGGGGCAGAUGUUUGUACAGAGCUGCAGGAAGUAAACUCAAUGGGUCGUCUUAUUGUACACUGUAAAAUAAGGGCAAUUAGAAUGGUCAGUCUUACAGAGAGUUUGUUUUCCAUUGAUAAAAACAUAAUUUGUAAUUAAUAAAUUCUUCACUU